UGGGAAAGUAUUGGUCAUUCCUUUGACAUCCAUUCUAUAAAGUGAGCUUCAUACUAAACAGAUAUUCUCAUAGCUUUCACAAAAAAAAUGUCUGUUCUUGCCAUUCUAUUCAUUUGUUUGUGCAUGAUAUUGUCCAACUUCAAUGGGAAUAUUAGUGAGGCAAAAACAUUCUCAUUUGAGGAAAUAACUGUCAGUGAUAUUCAAAUAGCUUUCAAGCAAAACAGACUGAGCUCAAGGCAACUUGUUGAGUACUAUCUAGGCCAAAUUCAAAGAGCUAAUCCAGUUCUUAAAGGAAUCAUAGAAGUGAAUCCAGAUGCACUAUAUCUAGCAGAUAAAGCUGACCAAGAACGUAAAGCGAAGACGCCAAAAUCAUUAUCCAGGCUACAUGGUAUACCUGUUCUUGUUAAGGACAACAUUGCAACUAAGGAUAAGCUUAACACAACAGCUGGAUCUUUAGCUCUUCUUGGAUCCAUCGUACCACAAGAUGCUGGUGUAGUCAAGAAGUUGAGGAAAGUUGGGGCUAUCAUACUUGGCAAGGCAACUAUGACUGAAUGGGCUGCUUUUAGAUCUGGAGAGUUGCCUAGUGGUUGGAAUGGUAGACUUGGCCAAGCUCUGAAUCCUUAUGUAGCAAGUGCUGAUCCAUCAGGAUCAAGCACUGGUUCAGCAACAUCAGUAGCAGCAAACAUGGCAGCAGUAACACUGGGGACAGAAACAGCAGGCUCCAUUCUAUCUCCGUCAAGUGCUAAUUCUGUUGUUGGAAUCAAACCAACUGUAGGCCUCACCAGCAGGGCCGGCGUUGUCCCAAUUUCACAUAGGCAAGACACUGUUGGGCCAAUCUGCAGGACAGUAUCUGAUGCUGUUGAGGUUCUUAAUGCCAUCGUUGGUUUCGAUCAAGAUGACUCACCUGCAACGAAACAGGCUUCCACUUACAUUCCUCGUGGUGGGUACCGGCAAUUUCUUAAGGCUGAUGGGCUCAGAGCUAAGAGAUUGGGAAUUACAAAGGACCUUUUUAGCUCAGAUGAUAUCAAGGCUUACCAACACCAUUUUAACACCUUAAGGCAAAAAGGAGCAGUGUUAGUUGACAAACUGGAAAUACCUAACAUCAACUUGGUCUACACCGCUGUGUUUGAUGCUCAAGGCAUUGCACUGACCGCCGAAUUCAAGAUGGACCUAAAUGCAUACCUUAAAAAGUUAGUCCACUCUCGAGUCCGAUCCUUGGCAGAUGUUAUAGCCUUCAACAAGAUUUCAGCUUCGGAAAACGUCAAAAAAUUUGGUCAAGAUACUAUGUUGGAAGCUGAGAAGACAAAUGGAAUUGGGAAAUUGGAAAGGGAGGCACUGAAGAACAUAACAAAAGCAUGUAAAUAUGGGUUUGAGAAAAUGAUGAAAGAUAAUAAAUUAGAUGCUUUGAUGUCACCUGGUGCAAACAUUGCUGGUCUUCUCGCAAUUGGUGGUUAUCCAGGGAUCAAUGUACCUGCUGGUUAUGAUAAAAAUGGAGUUCCAUUUGGGAUUUCCUUUGGAGGACUAAAGGGUUCUGAACCUACACUCAUUGAGAUUGCAUAUGGCUUUGAACAAGCAACUCAUAUCAGGAAGCCCCCUCCUUCACAUCCUCGCUAGGAAUUACAUAUUCAAUUUCAAUCUAAAAUCAAAAGAAAUGAUCAAAUGCCCCAUAUCCCUGCCGUCUCAAUCGCAGAAUGAAAAAAGUUACUGUUCUGUAACAGUGUCAGGGUGUAUACGUACUUUCCAAAUGUCGUUUUUUCUCCUGUCUUGGUUGUAUUAUUUUUUUUCUUGGUUGUUAUUGCUAUGUGCUUCAGGAUAAUGACUAAUGGCAAGGAUUGUCUUCUGCUUCCUUUUUGUGGCUCUAUUCAUUUGUCUGUGCAUGAUAUUGUUCAACUUCAAUUUCUCAUUUAAGGAA